UAAACAAAUAUACACAAAAAUCAAAUAUUAUAAAAUACUAUUAUAACAAAAAAUUUUAGUUACCAGAUGUGGCACAUAUAACAAGAAACAAAUUUUCGAACGAUUUUUUUGUAUCUGUCAUGAGCACAAAAAGACAUAAACCAAGAUCUCUUGAUAGAGAUCCUUCCAGAGACCAUAAUGUUGUACAAAAUAGCAGGUCUAGAUCAGAACCGCAAAGAAGUGUCAGAAGUAGUUAUCCUCCUACAGAAACAUACACGACAGCUGUGGAACCAUCUACAAAUCGACGAAUUUUUUCAAGAGGAAUAUGCGGUCUACCAGAUUUUUAUUCCAAACUUCUCGGUCCUACAGCGGAAGAAACAUUGUUAGUAGGAUUCAAAACCUUCCUCAAAAUAGGUUUAGCUUGCAAUUCGGAUAGCGAACUAGGAGAUUAUACAAUGUCAACAUCUAUAAUAAGUGAAGGAUCUGGAAUAUUUACGGAGAGCGAACAAGACAAUUUAGGACCAAAUGACGAAAAUAGUCCAAAACAGAUCGAUAUCUCCACAGGAGCUUCUACUUCUGAUCGACAUAAAACAGAACUUGAUUACGAUGAAACGUUAAUAAACAAACGAAGAAAGCCAUCCAAACAAUCCAAUGACUUUGAAAACGAUCAAGAAGAAACCAUUAUUUCACAUCCAACAAAAUAUAUUAAAGAAGAAUUAGACCCUACAAGCGUUGAACAAAAAGAAGCACCACAGACAUCAGAAAAAAAAUCUGAUAGCAAAAAUGGAUCUCAACUUUCACAAACCUUCGAUCAAAUCAAUGAUAAAUUAGAUGAAAAAGUAUCGAAAAUAGAAGAUAGCACCGAGAAAGAAGAUGAAAAAACUAGCACAAAAAUCAUAUCAACUGAUAGUGUACCUAUGUCGUCUUUUCACUCAACAUCUUCAAAUCCUCAACAACCAUCGGCAGAAGUUAGUAUAACUAUAUCAAUAGAAAAACCAGAAUCGAAGACGAAAAAAUCGUCAAUAAUUAGUAAGGAAGAGGCAAAAGAUGUAAAAUUGGAGGAGAUAAAAGAAGAAGCUGACGAAAAUGUUAAGGAAGAUAAAGGUAUUAAACAAGAACCUGUUGAUGAAACAAGUGAUAGAAAAUCAAAAUUAUCUUCCAUAAAAUCAUCUGAAUACAAACCAACUGAGCCCAAAGAGAAAGAAGAAAUCCAGUCAAUAAAAUCAGCUACUUCUGACUUAAGCCACAAAAGAUCAAAAUCAGCUUCAAUAGAGCAUGAAACAAAUGAUAGAAAAUCAGAUGCGUCUAAAGAGAAAGAAGAAAUUCAAUCAAUGAAAUCAGCUACCUCUGAUUUGAGCCACAAAAGAUCAAAAUCAGCUUCAAUGGAGCUUGAAACCAGUGAGAGAAUGUCCAGUCAAAGAAAGAAACCCAGAGAAACCCAGUCAAUGAAAUCAGCUACUUCUAAUUUGAGCUACAAGAAAUCAAAAUCGGUUUCGAUAGAGCUGUAUGAAGUCCAACCAGCAACACCAGAAGAGGUAAGUGUAGGUCAGUCAAAGAAAGAAGUUACUGAAGAACCUGGACAGGACAGAGCAACUGCAUCAAAAGAUCUGGUCAAACAAGAGCUUAGUGAACUCGUGUCUAAACCAACCAAUGACAUUCCCAGUAAAGUAUCUACAAAAUAUAUUUUGGAACCAUCUCCUGGUAAAAUAAGUAGUCAAUCAAACAAUAUUUCAAAGUCAGCUCUAACUGAUGCUUUAAAGAAGCUGUGUAGUUGUCAUUCACAACAAGUAAACAACAGAUGUGCACAGAUUUAUCCAGAAUGUCGUCCACAGAAUGUAAAACAAUCUUUGAAAAUUCAACAUAUUAAAUCGAGAACAUUUCCUCCAUCUUUAAGUUCACUAAAAGUUGAGGUUAGUAAAAAGUCGACAGUUUGUUCGCAAAAGUCAAUCAAAAGUCAAAAUGUUUCGAAAAUGUCACAUGAGUUGACUCCCAAUAUUCCAGAAGAAGAUGAGGCACAAGAAGAAAUAUCUGAAACCUAUGAUCAAUCGAACCAAUCUGACGAAUCAUUGGAAGAUGUACAGGUUAAAGCAUCAUCAGUAGCUCAUAGACGAGCAGCGAUUUCAGGAGAAUCACUUAGUUGUUCUUCAAGGUGCCAAGCGGAAAGAUUUUUAGAAGGACCAAUAGGUUCAAGAGAAAGAAAGAUGUAUUCAAGCACUCAAUCAGCAAGUGAAAAUCCAGAACCAUCAUUAACAGAUUCUAAGAAAAGUAGUGUUAGCUGGAGCAGUCAACAAUCUCAAAGUUUUGGUUCCGGCAAAAUAUCGCCUAAACUGCAUACGUCGUUUGAAUCCAAAAGAUCAGAAGACUCAGAUAUAAUAGAACCAUCCAGGUAUUCCUCAAAGAGAUCACAUGAUGAAAGGUCCAGUGUUGUAUCACAAGAAUCUAAAUGUUCGGGUUGUUCAAAUUCCAAAAGAGUAUUCAAUGACGGUCUGAAAAUUAAAGUUUCACAAGAGACCAUCGAAGAGGUCUCAGAAAAAUCAGAAAAGUCUGACGACAAGUCUGAAUCUGAAAUAAUGUACAAAACUGAGAGAAGCUUUGGACCUGAAUCUGGGAAAAAGGACCAAUCUAAAUCAUUUAUUUCGGUAAAGAUUUCCGAAGAAACGGAAUCAGAAGAAUCCGAAGAAACGGAUAAGUCGGACAAAUCCAUCCAAUAUGAAAAGCCAAAAGAUCUCCAGAAAUCUGCGGUUCCUGAAUAUAAAGAAAAACAUUCAAAAAAGAGUACCAGUGGUGUUAGACAAUCCAAAAAGAUUAAAUCAGAUGUAUCCGACUCGAAAAAGAAAAGAAAACGAGAAAUUUUGGUGGAAGUUACGGAAGAAUCUGAUGGGUCUAUUACUUCGGUUAAAUCUGAUCCAAGUAAACGAUCUAAAGGUAGAUUAGAUAAAAAGUCAUCACCUGUGCUUCAACUUACAAAACCAGACCGCGAUAAGAGCUCUUCGACAAGUUCCAUUUUAAAAACGUCCUCUAGCUCUUCUAAAUCAGACAAGUCAGAUGCUUACACAUGUACCAGUAAUCUAGAAACAGGCAUCAGCGUGUGUCAAUGUGGAGAUGCCAGAAUCCAGACUGACUGUAAUUGUCUUGGCCAGAUUAAAACAAAGCAACUGGAAAAAGUAAUUCCAAUACAGUGUCCAUAUUUGAAACCUUGUAUUAAAACUGACGCACAAGGAGCAACGGGAGUAUGUUCUCGUUGCAAACCUGAAGAAAGCGCCGUUGAAGAACAUAAGCAGAAAAAACUUUGUUUUGAUUGUUAUACCAGCACUUCGUCUAGCACGGUCUCUGAUUCAAAUUCUAAAUGGAGGAAAAAUAUGUGUAAAGCUUAUACCAAGGGACAAGUGAGAUAUGCCAUCACGAAGAUUACUGAAUACGGACAAUUUACAACCUUCGAAAUAAUGAAAAGCACGAGAAAAGUUCCGAAGUUUAUACCAACAACUUUGGAAGGGGUUUUUGUACUCAAACGUAAAGUGUGAUCUGAAUAAGUGUCCUAGAAAUUAUUACCGUAUUCAUGAUUUUAUUAAAUUUAUGAAUUUAAAAA